AUGUCUUUGAGAUCCUCGCUGAAGAAGCCUGUAUCCAAUAAGACCAGCAUUCCCGACGCUUCGGCACUGUCUGACUCCGAAUCAGACCCAAUUAGUGUCUCCAAUGUAAAAACUCAGCUCAAGAGGAGAUCUUCGUCAAUGUCUUCUAUUUUCUCCUUGCACGAAGACCCAUUGCCGCCGCCAGAGGAGCAUGAAAUCAGGGCAUUUGCAGAUGACGAGAGACACCUCUCAUUUGUUAGAAAUUUGCACAUGGCAGACUGUAUCACCAUGCUUAACGGAUUCUCAGGGUUCUACGCCAUCAUCUCCUGUCUUAGAUUCACAUUGACCUCCCAGACUCACUAUUUACAGAGGGCCAUCUUCUUCACAUUCCUCGGUCUAUUCUUUGACUUCUUUGACGGGAAAGUUGCAAGAUUGAGAAACAAAUCGUCUCUGAUUGGACAAGAAUUGGACUCGUUGGCCGAUUUGAUCUCUUUUGGUGUGGCUCCAGCUGCAAUUGCGUUUUGCUCAGGUAUGCAAACAACAGCAGACUGUUUAAACUUGGUGUUUAUGGUGCUGUGCGGUUUGGGUAGAUUGGCUAGAUUCAACGUCACUGUUGCCAGAAUCCCAACAGACAAAAGUGGAAAGUCCAAGUACUUUGAAGGCUUGCCAAUCCCAACCUCUCUAUGGUUGGUGUCAUUACUCUCGGUUUUGAUUAAGUACGACAUGGUGGGAGAAAAUUUACCUCUGGGCAUUCUAUGGAAAGACACUCCUUACGAAUGGCAUCCACUGGCUUCUCUCUAUGCCAUUCAGGGCUGCUUGAUGAUCAGUAAGUCCAUCCAUAUCAAGAAGCCUUAA